GCUGGCAGCCGGCGGGGAUGGAGGUGCUGUGGGCGGCGGGGGGGCUCCUGCUGGCCCUGUCCCUCCUGGCCUUCGUCCUAUACUGUUGCUACGUGCAGUACAUCCACGCCAAGUACGACUACAUCCCCGGCCCCCCGCGGGAGAGCUUUUUAUUUGGACACCUACCAAUCAUAUGGAGAAUGGUGAGGAAACAGGAGUUUACGCCAGAUCUCUUCCUGCAGUGGGCAGAGAAAUAUGGACCUGUUGUACGAAUGAAUGCCUUUCACAGAAUCUCAGUAUUGAUUGUGAGCCCUGAAGGAGUGAAGGAGUUCUUGAUGUCGCCACAGCACCCAAAGGAUCCAAUAGUGUAUGGUACUCUCUUCAGCCUGUUUGGUGAGAGGUUCAUAGGGAAUGGCUUGGUAACUGUUUGCAACCAUGAGCAUUGGCGCAAGCAGCGGAGGAUAAUGGAUCCGGCUUUCAGCCGAAGCUACCUGAUUGGUCUGAUGGAAACUUUUAAUGAAAAAGCAGAGGAGCUGAUGGAGAAGCUAGAGGAAAAGGCAGAUGGAAAAACUGAGUUUAGCAUGCUGUCGAUGAUGAGCCGGGUGACUAUGGAUAUCAUUGGCAAGGUAGCCUUUGGCUUGGAAUUAAAUGCACUGAGUGAUGACCAGACGCCUUUACCCAACGCUGUGACUAAGAUUAUGGAGGGACUGAACAAGGCACGCGUCCCCUUCAUGAGGUUCAUGCCAGGGAAGCAGAAGCUGGUGAAGGAGGUCAGGGAGAGUGUGAGGCUGUUGAGACGUGUGGCAAAGGAGUGCAUUGACCGGAGGAGAGAAGCCAUCCAGAAUGGGAAAGAAGCCACCAUGGAUAUUCUUACACAGAUACUGAAAGGAGCUGCUCUGGAGGAGACCAGAGAUGAUGAAAACAUUCUGGAUAACUUUAUCACUUUCUUUGUUGCAGGUCAUGAAACCAGUGCCAAUCAGAUGACAUUUACAGUAAUGGCACUGGGUCAGCAUCCUGAAAUACUGGAAAGGGCUCAGGCUGAAGUGGAUGAGGUUCUUGGUGCCAAGAGAGACGUUGACUAUGAGGAUCUUGGCAAGCUCACCUACUUAUCACAGAUUUUGAAGGAGUCACUGCGGCUUUACCCGCCCGUCUCAGGGACGCUCCGCAGGCUGGAGAAGGAGCAAGUCAUCAACGACAUCACAGUUCCUGCAAACACCACGGUCUUUCUCAACACUUAUAUAAUGGGAAGGAUGGAAAAGUUUUUCAAGGAUCCACUUACUUUUGAUCCAGAUCGAUUCAGCAAAGAUGCACCUAAGCCAUAUUACUGCUAUUUUCCAUUCUCUCUGGGACCCCGAUCCUGCAUUGGGCAGGUGUUUGCACAGAUGGAGGUAAAAGUGGUGAUGGCAAAGCUGCUGCAGAGGUUUGAAUUCCAGCUGGUGCCAGGACAGAGUUUUAAACUCUUGGAGGCUGGAACCUUAAGGCCACUAGAUGGAGUAAUAUGUAAAUUAAAGCCAAGAAUCUCUGCAAGAGGCUGCAAGGCAUGACUGCUCAGGGAGGGGAGCGUGGCAUGCUACUCGUAAUGUUUCUUCUGAUUUUGAAGAUCUUGACACUAAUGAAAGGUUAGAUUUUGUAGAUCCCUUUAGAGGAUUACUAGACUGAAAUUAUUUCUAACCUUCCUCAUAAUUUACUGAAGAAAACCUUACAGGAGUCACUCUAUUGAGCAUCUUCAAUCUGGAAGUGUACCUGGAAUUGCCAAGUUUGUUCUUUUCCUGAGGGGCUCUUUGAUUCUGACCAGACUUGGAAAAGAACAUCCUUUCACUGGAGUAUCUCUGGAGUGCCACACAAACCUACACUCCAAUCCCAGCUCAUGUUUUCCACUAAGCUUAUAUACAACACAACAUGGUCUAAGUAAGCCCUUGUUUGGGGAGUUUCUUAUGUACACAAUGAAAUCAGAAGAAAGUAGAACACAGAUUUGGGCUGAAUUUAGAAAGAGAUGUUUGGAGAUAGAGCAAUUUCUCUAAGAGAUUAUCCCUGCUCCAAAUGUGAAUAACAAUUGAUGGGAACAAUCUGGAAAAAAUGCGAAAAAUCAGAAUCCGAGGCCACCACUUUGUCCUGUUGCUACUGUCUCUUUUUUAUUCAGUCUCCUCUGCUUUUCUUUUGAUAUUAUGCAAAGCAUAGAUUCCCAGUCCACACUGUAAAAAGGGACUCUCCUGCUUCCUCCUACCCCUCCACACAGCCUGUGUUCAUUCUUCUGAGAUACUCCUCUUUGUGGUGAAAGUCUUGCUGUAUUUAUUUUGACCUGGAUAAUUUUCCCCAUCUUGUUUACCACAAAGUUACAGUAACACUUAGACCAGAUGGUCUAGUUAGGUACAGGAGGGCUGGAAAUAAGUGCCUGAACUAAAUGCUGCUUGAAAUGGUAUUGCCGCUGAAGAAAUGUGUCUGCAAUUUGAGCCAGAGGCAAGAGAAGGAAGGUCCUGCAUCCCUCUCUUCUGCAGAUGUGCCUGAAUAGCUCACUGUGUCUAGGCUUGCAGCCAGUCUUUACUAAGGGGAAAAACUAUUAUUUGAAAAUGCUGCCUUCCAGAAAUAUGUGGAUACCUAAAUAGGGGUUUGGGUCUCUAUCAUGAAAUACAGAGAAUUAAAGGCAUUUGAUGCUGUCA